AUGAAAGAGAAAGUUAAGUUGGGAUUGGAAGGAGAGCAACCCAUCCCAGAGAAACUCAAGAAAAUCAACGAAAAUUAUGUUUGCCUAGAAUGUUUUGAGAGGUCGUUGGAGGGAAAGUGUGAAGAGAAAAAUGCAAGUAUUUGCAGAACAAAUACAUCUACCAUCGACCGGCACAAAAGCAGAUGGCACAGCACUGCCAAUAAUCAGUCAUGUACUGUAGUUCCGUCUAGUGCACCCGAUGUCCGACAGUUGUAUGCAAAAUAUGGUAAAGUUAAAAAAGUCCAUGCAGAAGAUCCAAAAGAUAAAAGUAGACCUCAAGCGACCAAUGCUCCCACAAGUUCUUGUCAGUCAACCAGCCAAAAAACGUUGCUGUCCUUCUGUCGCUUGAAAACCAAUAGAGAUUCAAGUCAACCAACUAACCAAGGAAUUAAUAACAAUUUCAAGGAAGUGACAGCGGUGACUAAACCCAGCAGAGAUUCAUCCGAAUCAAGUGACCAAGGAUUCCAAGGAAUUAACUCAAGUUCUGAGGAUGUGACGAAAACCAACAGAUUAAUUCGAUCAAGUCGCCAAGGAAAUAUCGACGACGUAAUGAAAGCCAUAUCUAACUUGUCUAUAAAGGUUGAAAAUUUUGGUAAACGACACUCUAGCUUGGAACAACUCGUGACAGAAGAUAACGAAGUCCUGAAAUCUCUAGCGGCAAUGCGAACGGCGAGUAAUAUUCAUCAGUUGGCCGAGGCAUCCAAAUACCUGGAAUUUUUUUAUAAUGAGGAAUCGAACACUGGAAUGUUGCGUUGCAACCCUUGCUUUAAGAUGCAGGUUACAGCCAGGCCUACCCUUAACAACCUAUCCCCGUUUCAAGCCCAAAGAAUUAUUAAUUCUUGUGCAAGUGGAACACUCGGCACCGGAAAAAUCUUCAGCAAGGAUGUCACUCAACUUCUGGUAGAGGGACAUAACAAUAGCUGGUAUAGGCAGAAGAAGUUGUGUAUUGACCACAUGUGUUUACUGGGUGAUGGUAACAAAUUACACAAGAAGGCUAUGGAAGCUUCCAGGAAAGAAGAGGAAAGGGAUAAAAGAAGAUCAACCGCGGCAAGCAACAUAUUUCGAGCAGCCAUUGUUGAUUUGAAGCUAGGCGCAGCAGCCACACAUUUCGAGACUAUGAUCUCCUUCUUGUCAUGUUGCUCAGUCGAUGUCGGAAAUAUUGGACAUGGUCGAAAUAAUUUCAACGAUAUUCUUUCCUGCUUGGAGAAAUCAGUUAACCGAAGAAUCGAUGCGUGGCUAAACGAGCCUCUACCUUCAACGUUAUUGCCACCACAUUUCUGGGCCACAAUCGAUAAAGCCACACCAUCACGUACGACAAAUCAAGCUGUCCUUGUUGUAGCUCGGAACGAAGCUGGCAUUCCCUGUCCAAUUCCUGUUGCUGCUCCGCAAGUCUAUAAAGAGUUCGCGCCAGCUACGUAUGACGCUAUGGCAGAACUUUUGGUAAAAUCAAUUAAGGAUAACUUUUCAAAAGAUGUUCUCUCAAGGCUUUGUGGCGUAGCGGCCGACGGUCCGUACCAAGCAGCAGGAUUCCGCAAAAGACUUUUACAAGAACUGGGAAUCGAAGACUCCGACAAUGGUCAACUUUCAUUUCCUGUGACGUGGGAUGCAGCUCAUCUACUAAAUCUUGGAGUGGUCGAGGUAAAGGACCAAAGUCCAAGUAGUGAUCACUUUAAAACAUUCUUGAGGAGAUGUAAUAUUUUUAACACCGUUCUUGCGAAUGGAAAGGGCUUUGCUUUUCUGCAACUCCUUGACAAGGACGCAAGAAGACCAGUUGCUUAUGCUACCCAAAGAUUUGCCAGUUCAUCGUACGACCAGUGGCUUAAAAUUGAAAAGAGCUACAGCGCUUUGUGGAAAGCGUUCGAUAUAUUGUAUCCAAAUCGACCAGAAGAUGAUCAGUACCAGUACAUGAUUGCUGGGUCAGAUUUUAUUGCUGACUUGUUGUCAUUCCUCGACAUAUUGGAGCCAAUUGUUGAUUUGAUGUUAAGAGUCCAGUCGCUUGACGUGCCCAUUUGGAAGCUUAAACUUUGGUGGCCCAAAGUUAAAGCUAAACUAGAAAAGGCUGCAAACGGCGAUGAAAACUCCUUUCCGCGACUGCAACAAUUUGGAGAAGAGAUCGUCCCUGGUGAUCAUUACCAAGGUGUUGAACUUCUUGAUGGGUGGUUGGUGACUAAUCAAGGUGGUGAUGAAAGACAAAGAGGAAUACUCAAUUGGACACUUCGAGAAGCGAUGGAAAUUGAAGAAGAUCGCCUACGACUAGCAGCUGAUCUAAUGAACGCUCUUGAUAGAAGGGUUCAGGCUAUUCUUCACGAUCGCUGUUUGUCUACACUCCAAGCGUUCGAUGCUUCCGCCCUUGUAGCUCUACACUGUGGUACUUGUGAAGACAAUAUCUUGCAAAUUUAUGGCUGUGUCGGAUGGAGAAUACGAAAUGUAUGGCGUGGAAGAAUGUCAAGCGGUAUUGGCUGUUGUUUCAAAAAUGGCCCAUGUUAUCAAAUCAGGGAUGGAUUUUGAUCCGCGUUUGGCGUUUCGAUUUAUGGAAACGAUAAAGAAAGCUGUCAAGAUUGGUAUAUGGGAUGCACUGUGUUUAUAUUGGUUUGUACUUGCUGAAGGCACUACCGCAUUACCAAUGAACACCAAGCUGACAUCCUUUGAGGCUGUCGAAACAGAAACACUUGACACAUUGUUCAAAUUGAGAUUCGCAAGUGGGAAAGAGUUCACUGUUCGCUUGCAAGAGCAAAGGUUUUACAGAUCGUUUUAUUCCAACAAAGAUAUCUACAACGUUGCAACGCCGUCAUCUUGUGCUCUUCUAGAUAUAGUACUGUCAAAAGGACGGCCAGAAGCAAUUGCCGAGAGUUUCUACAAUUCCAUGAGAGCACAGCAACAGUCUGGUGGCCAAUCAAAUGAAAACCUGGCAAGGAGAACCAAGCUCAACUGGUGUUUGCCUCCAUUGAAGAAAUGUGACGGUAUCAGAGAAGGCAUCAGCUUGUACUUCACAGGAGAUGGUCCAGACGGUGUGUUGAAACCUCACCGGAGGCAUUAUGUGCACUCCAGCCGUGCUAAUGAGUAUUCGGUAUCCAAAGUUGUCGAUCGAUUGGAUGCAGAGUUGGGUCGUUGCCCUUUCCUGGCUAAUGAAUAA